AUGUUGCUUUAUUUGGCAAGACAUGGAGAAACUCUUGCAAAUAUUUCUAAGCGCAUGCAAGGCCAUACUGGGGGAGAACUAUCUCCAUUAGGCAUUGAACAAGUGACAAAAUUAAGCACUCGCUUAAGUGAGCAUAAAUUUGAUGCAAUUUAUUCAAGCGAUCUAAAUCGCUGCAUUCAAACCCUUUCUUAUAUAAUAAAGCAUCAUGGAACAGUUGAGCCUAUUUAUGAUAGUAGAUUAAGAGAAAUAUGCUCAGGAGACUAUGAAGAUCAGCCAUUUGCAGACUAUGCGCACCUUCUGAAUCCUUUUGGAUUUCCUGCUACUAGAGAUUCUCCAUUUCCUGGUGGAGAAAGUUUGUUAGAUGUCAAUAGAAGAGUCAAAAAUUUUUUUGAUUUUUUGAUAAAUCGGCAUAUGAAUGUUCAAAUGAGUAGCAAUGAAGAGCAAAAAAUUCUUGUAGUAACCCAUUGUGGAUUUAUUAUGGAAUUCUUAAAUUUUCUGCUAGAAAUGAAAGGGGAAAGCCCAAGAGAGGAUUGAAGAAUACAGAACACAGCUGUAUUUGUCUUCAGAAUAACUAUAAAUGAUGAGAAAGUUAAUGCUGAAAUUGUCACUUUUAAUGAUGCAUCACAUCUUUCUAAUUAA